AUGGCAUGCCCUUUUGACGAGAGGCCGAUUGAUAUCGGAGCGCAAAUAAUUCGUGCCAUUCACAGAGAAAGAUUAAUUAGACCACGGCUCGACAUAUUGUCCUUCCCGGAGGACUUUUUGCUGGAGAAAUAUCGUUUUUCACGUGAUUCUUUGGUAUAUUUAAAUAACCUUCUCCAGCCAUACAUUGCAAAUGUGACCAAUCGUGGAUCUGCCCUCAGUUCACUCCAAACAAUUUGCGCAGCUCUCCGUUUUUUUGCGACGGGAAGCUUUUUGUACAGCGUAGGAGAUGCUGAGCACGUAGGCAAAGCCACGGUCUGCCGCUCAGUACGCAAAGUUUGUCUUGCGCUGAAGCGUCUGAUGCGGAACUUCAUCGUAUUUCCAGGCCAUAAACCCACGAGACGCAUGAAAAUGGAGUUUCACCAACUUGCAGGAUUUCCAAAUGUAAUUGGGUGCAUUGAUGGCACACAAGUGCCCAUACUGGCCCCAUCCAUAAAUGAGGCAGAUUAUGUAAACAGGAAAGGCUUUCACAGUAUAAAUGUUCAGAUGAUAUGUGAUGCUUCCCACAUGAUCACUAAUGUAGAGGCAAAAUGGCCUGGUUCAGUCCACGAUGCAAGGAUGUAUCGUGAAUCCAAUUUGAGCCGUAAAUUUCAAGAGGGGCAAUUCGAUGGGUGGAUCCUAGGAGAUCGAGGGUAUCCAUGCAUCCAUGGGUUAUCGAGGGUAACUGCAUUGUGGAAGUGAAAUGUCCAUGGUCAGCCAGA